AUGCUGUUUUCUGAUGAUACUGCCCUGGUGGCUCACAAUGCUGCAGAUAUACAAUUACUUGUUCAUGAGUUUGCCAGGGCUGCCGCUCGAUUUCGCCUGAAGAUAAACAUCAAGAGGACAGAAUGCCUGUUUCAACCAGUCAAACCACUUAGCCCUUCACCUGGGCCAGAAUCAAUCAUGCGAGAGAAGAAAAACAUCCUUGAACUUCUAAAACGGCGGCAAGAUGCCCAAGAAGAAGAGCUGAAACAAAAUCUAAAACUGGAGCAAGAUGUUGAGAUGGAGAAGCUCAGAAAGGAAGUUUCGAUAAGUAAACGUUUUGCGCUGAAAGAAUCUCAAAACCAGCUUAUACAGAAUUUAGUGAAAGAUGCAAAACUAAACGAAGAACAAGCGAACGCUAUCAUGAAGAAUCAUUUGGCUAACAUGGCCGCCAUAGACAAGGCCACCGAUGACGAGCGAGACAGACGUGUCAUGGCGCUGGAAAAGAGGCUGGCUGAGAGAAGAGCGCUAGCCAAACAGAAACAUGAAGAAGAGGAACGUAAGAAGAGAGAUUUAGACAAGUUAGAACAAAAUCACGCUGAAGCACUGGAAAAUCUUGUCCGGUCAUCGAAUCUCAACUCAGAAGAUGCUGCGACUUACUUGGAAAGAUUUAGAAAAGACUUGGAGGUCGUGAACAACAAACUUGCAAAGGACAGAAAACGCCAGGAACAGAAAUUACAUCAUAAACUGACAGCACUUAAGCAGAAAAGAAUUGAAGAAAAGUUUACCUCUAACUUUGAAGUUGAUUUUGAAUAUCUUAAAUGA